AAACUCACUCCAUUUUCUUCUUUUAGUACCACACUCCUUUGAUUGGACAAUGAACAAACCAGAUAAACAUAAGGAGAAGCUUUUGCAUUGGCAGAUUCAUUCAGAGAAGAAAAUGAGUACAGCAAGAUUCAUCAAGUGUGUCACAGUUGGGGAUGGAGCAGUGGGAAAGACAUGCAUGCUCAUUUCCUACACCAGCAACACUUUUCCAACGGAUUAUGUCCCGACAGUAUUUGACAACUUCAGUGCUAAUGUUGUGGUGGAUGGGAGCAUAGUGAACCUUGGAUUAUGGGACACUGCCGGACAGGAAGAUUACAACAGGUUAAGGCCUCUGAGUUACAGAGGAGCUGAUGUGUUUUUGCUGGCCUUUUCUCUCCUAAGCAAGGCCAGUUAUGAAAAUAUCUACAAGAAGUGGAUACCUGAACUAAGACAUUAUGCUCCUAAUGUGCCAAUUGUGCUUGUUGGAACAAAAUUAGAUUUGCGCAAUGACAAACAAUACUUGAGUGAUCAUCCCUCGGCAACACCAAUAACAACUGUCCAGGGGGAGGAAUUGAAGAAAAUGAUUGGAGCAGUGACUUAUAUAGAGUGCAGUUCCAAAACUCAACAGAAUGUGAAGGCGGUUUUUGAUGCGGCAAUAAAGGUAGCUUUGCGGCCUCCAAAACCAAAGAAAAAGACUUGCAAAAGAAGAAAAUGUGCUAUCCUUUGACUUGGGCAAAAUUUUGGCUUGAUAAAUUGGAACUAUACACACCUUCAACAUGAUUUUGUGUUCUUAUGAUCGUAAUUCCAAAGUAUAUAUGAUGUCAUCUCCAAUGAAAUAACAAGUCAUUUUGGAUUCACAUUGUAGCUAGCAUUUCUGACUGGCGUAUCUCAUUAUUCAAUCACCAUAUUAUAUCCAGAAGAUGCGAAAUGAUCCUAGCUAUAGCAUGAAGUUGUUGUAAGGAAUUUUUAGGCAAUUCAGUUCAAUGAAUCGAGCUGGGUUUGAUGGAACCUAUUUGCUAGGUUACAUCGAAUCCAGAUCUGGGUUCUGUAGAACAUGGAAGGAAGAAAAACAGUAACCGAUGGGCAAAGAUGGUGAUGUGAGACCCAUUUGGAUGUAUUUGGCACGAUUUUGCCAGGUAGCAUGUGACAUGGCACAUGUCAUCACUUUUUUAAGUUUUGCUCUCCACAUCAUCAAAAAAAAUAUAAAAAAUGCCACCUAAG